UCACACAACAUCUAUAAAUAGAGAAGCUUCAACAUGCAACAACAUAAGUGGCUGCACUCAUACAUACAUACAUAUAUUUCUGAAAUCUCUGAGAGAAAUUGCAAGUUUUUUUUUUGUUUUUUUUAAGGAAAAGAGAAGAUGUGUGGCGCAACAGAGCAGGGUCAUGCCAGGAAUAAUGGUGCUGCCACAAACUUAUCGUCUGAUACUCUUGUCAAUCUUGAUCAUGGGGAUCCAAUGAUUUUCGAGACUUACUGGAGAAACAUGGGGGAUAAGUGUACAGUGAUGAUUCCAGGGUAUCAGUCAUUAAGCUACUUUGCUGAUACUGAAAAUUUGUGCUGGUUUUUGGAGCCAAAACUGGAGGAAUCCAUCAAGAAUUUGCAUAAGGUGGUUGGAAAUGCAGUUGUCGACGAUCAUUACAUUGUCGUUGGAACAGGGUCUAGUCAGCUUAUUCAGGCUGCUCUCUAUGCUCUCGCGCCACCAGACCAGCCAAAGCCAGCCAGCAUUGUCUGUGCAGCUCCUUAUUACUCGUGCUACAAGGAGAUGGCUGAAUUUUUGCGGUCAGGGCUCUACAAGUGGGAAGGCGACGCCCACACAUUUGACAAGGACGGACCAUACAUUGAAAUGGUGACCUCUCCAAACAACCCGGAUGGUGUGUGUCGAGAGGCAGUUGUGAAAAAAGACGGAGGAAAACUUGUUCAUGAUCUCGCCUAUUACUGGCCUCAGUACACUCCCAUCACUGCUCCAGCUGAUUAUGAUAUAAUGCUGUUUACAGUUUCCAAAUGCACUGGACAUGCUGGCUCCAGAAUUGGUUGGGCUCUGGUGAAGGAUAAAGAAGUAGCACAAAAAAUGGUUACUUUCAUGACAAUCAGCACGAUUGGUGUAUCAAAAGAAUCCCAGCAGAGGGCUGCGAAGAUCCUGGAAGUCAUUUCCAAUGGCUGUAAAGAUCCAAAAUCUUCCAAUGGCAUUACUGACAACUUCUUUCUCUAUGGACAAAGCAUCCUGAGCAAAAGAUGGGACAAAUUAAGGAACACUCUGAAGCAUAGUCAAGUGUUCAGCCUUGCCAAGUACCCCAUCAAGUAUUGUCAUUUCACCCAAGAUUUCUCCGAAGCACAUCCUGCUUUUGCAUGGAUCAAGGCCAAGGACAGUAUAGAUGAUUGCGAGAAGUUGUUUAGAGGGCAUAAGGUGCUGACCAGAAGUGGAAGGCGAUUCGGGUCAGAUCCCAAGUAUGUCAGGGUUAGUAUGGUGAGCAAAGAAGAAGAUUUCCAGCUCUUUAUAACGCGCUUAUCUUCAAUCAACUAAAGCCUUUUCUUUGCUCGCUGCUCACAAAGAUACAAUUCAUUUGUAAUUGCCUUUUUUUGGUUUUAUUUUUUUUGUAAUUUCUGGUUGGUGGAGAGCAAGAGCCUCCCAGCUAGCUUGCCUGCAAUCUGUAAUACGUACAAAGAAAAUGGAACCUGAGAACAAUUCGUUUUUAUCUGUUAAUUUAUCAAUUUCCUUU